UCCACCCACCAUAAGGUCCACGACACUUCAAAUUUCUGCUUUUCUGACUGUAACACGUUUCUCUCGCACAAUCGCUAUGACUGGCAGUAUCACAUUGCCGUAGCUGGAACCAUGAGCAAAGCCUACCGCGAGGCAGAACGGCGAGUCCUCCGCCUUCUCCACGGCCACAAAACCAGAACCCAGAUUCCCCAAAUCCACGCCCACUUCCUCCGCCACGGUCUUGACCAAUCCAACCAAGUCCUCGCCCACUUCGUCUCCGUUUGCGGGUCCCUUGACAAAAUGGCUUAUGCAAAUCGCAUCUUUCUCCAAACGCACAACCCAAAUAUUUUCCUCUUCAAUUCCAUGAUCAAAGGCUAUUCACUUUGUGGACCCUUUGAACAGUCUCUCCAUCUGUUUUCUCUUUUGAAAAGUCGCAGCAUUCGGCCUGAUGAAUACACGUUUGCGCCAUUGCUUAAGUCGUGUUCUGGUCUUUGUGGUUUCAAAAUUGGGAAAUGUGUUCAUGCGGAUAUUAUUAGAGUCGGGUUUGAGUGUUUUGGUUCUAUUCGAAUCGGGAUUAUAGAGUUUUACGUGACUUGUGAGAGAAUGGAUGAUGCUACGAAGGUGUUCAAUGCAAUGUCUUACAGGGAUGUAGUGGUUUGGAAUUUGAUGAUUCGGGGUUUCUGCAAGAUGGGUAACGUUGAUUUGGGGCUACAUUUGUUUAGGCAGAUGACUGAAAGGAGCAUUGUUUCUUGGAAUUCAAUGAUUGCUUCCUUAGCACAGAGUGGACGAGAUAAUGAGGCUCUGGAACUUUUUGGUGAGAUGUGGCAGCAGGGUCUUGAACCAGAUGAGGCGACUGUGGUCAUUGUUUUGCCUGUUUGUGCACGUUUGGGGGCUUUUGACGUUGGUCAGUGGAUACACUCUCACUCAGGUUCUAGAGGGCUUCUGCACGAUGUUAUUUCUGUGGGUAAUUCGCUUGUAGAUUUUUAUUGUAAAUGUGGAAAUUUAGAAAUUGCAUGGAAUAUUUUUAAUGAAAUGCCAGUCAAAAAUGUCGUUUCAUGGAAUGCAAUGAUCUCGGGUCUGGCAUUUAAUGGGAAGGGUGAGACUGGGGUCAACUUGUUUGAGGAAAUGAUCAAUAAAGGUAUGAGCCCUAAUGGUGCAACGUUUGUAGGUGCUUUAGCAUGUUGUGCCCAUACAGGCUUGGUGGAAAGAGGACGAGAGUUGUUUGCUUCUAUGACAGCAAAUCACCAAAUCCAUCCAAAACUUGAGCAUUAUGGAUGUAUGGUUGAUCUUCUUGGGCGUAGUGGGUGUGUGGGGGAGGCUCAUGGCUUGAUUAGAAGCAUGGCAAUGAAACCAAACGCUGCUUUAUGGGGUGCAUUGCUCGGUGCUUGCCGUACUCAUGGUGAUUUAGAGCUUGCAGAACUCGCAGUAAAAGAGCUGAUCAAUCUUGAACCAUGGAAUUCUGGUAAUUAUGUGCUCUUGUCAAAUAUAUAUGCGGAAGAAGGGAGGUGGGAUGAGGUUGAGAAGGUCCGGGUUUUAAUGAAGGAAAAGUGCGUCAAGAAAGCACCAGGGCAGAGUGUGAUUAAAUAGUUAUGAAAUGUGGGAGUCCUUAUUCUUGGUUGGUAAGGUAAUAGUGCCAUGGUUCUAAGUUGUGAUACUUACCACCAUCUCCACCAUGAAUGAAGAUUGUACAUGGUGGAUGCUUAGGGAAUGACUUUCAGCAAAGGCAAAGGAGGCUGAAUGGUUUGGGUAUCUCCCUAGAUCCCGGUCAUAUACAUGAAGAGGAUUAUGAGACCACAUGAAAAUGGGAGCAGGAGGCAGAAAGGAAGCUAACCUGCGGAUGGGGUAAGAGAACUUACAACUAGGUUUCUUAUGGAGAGAAUAUACCCUGAAAAAUGCAUUUAGUGAAACGCAUUUAGAGUUUGAGAUAUCCUACUAGGUACAUAUCUAAGCAUCAUAGUGUCCUUUCGGGGAAACCCCUCUUUUUGUCCAUCACAAAUAUAAAGAAAGAAAAACUUGGUUACAUUCUUCUAAAUGAAGUACAUCAAGACAGCCGGACAUCGUAUGUUAUCAUUUUCUCCAAUGAUACUUCAAGUUGUCAUAUAAGAUGGAAAAACAGCAAACAAUAAUCAGCAUGAAAGUGUGGAAGCUGAUUGAGUUUGGCAAUCGGUGUGCAUUGCUUGUUACUCCUUCAAUAUACUGUCCCACAUUGAAAUUCCCUGUACAAACAGAAACUUUUGUUAUUAAUUGAAUAGUUGUUCGUCUUAAG